GCCUCUCUGACAAAACAUAAAGUUACGAGAGAUUCGAAUUCACUUCCUCUCUCUCUCUCUCUCUAAUUUUUUUUUUUCAUUUUUCCGGCUUUUCAUUUUCGUCCUUCGACGAUCUGCUUUCGUUUUGUUCGGAUGAUUUUAACUUGUCUGAUCCGAAAGGGUUUUAGCUAAUUUUUGGGGAUCGUUCGUUUAGCUCUGAUUUUGCUUCUAUUUCUCAGCAUAAUCUCUGCUUGCAUGUUGCAGGAAGCAGAUUCUACUGGAUUUCAGAUCUUUUUGGUGAGUAGAUGUAGCUGUUGUAUGGAGUAGUAGAAGCAGAAGAAGAAAAUGAAAUAAUACAAGAAGGUGAAAAAAGUUUGGUACUUUUCUGGAAUUUUGUUUGUGGGUUUGUAAUUUAAGUGGCUUUAAAGUGUGUUGUGAUUAGUAAUGGAACAGGGUUUAGGUUCAGAGUCUAUUCCUACAUCUGGGUCUUUUGAUAAGUCUAGGGUUUUGACUGUAAGGCCGUUGCGAUGUCUUGUUCCGAUAUUCCCAUCCCCACCUAGUGCUUCCAAUUUUUCAUCCCCUGAAGCUGCCCCCUUUUUGUGUGUCCCUCCGACCGGUCCUUUUCCACCUGGGGUUGCUCCAUUUUACCCUUUUCUCAUUCCAACUGAGUCUUCUGAACAGAACCCUCAAACCCCAUUCGGUGGACCUAAUCGCUUUAACAAUACAAUUCAAUCACCUGUUCCCAUAACUUCAUUUAGAACACCAGCAGCGCGAGCUGCAAAUGGAGGCACUGGGUCAUCCAAAAGGAGUUCUGGAAAUCGUACAUCCGGUUUUCAGUCACAACCAGAUGGUAUAGACAUGGAUGAAGAUGGUUAUAGUGACUCCCCAAAUCAUAGUGACCAAUAUCUGAGUGGCUUCAGUAUGCACGUUACUGAUGCAGAAGAUACUAGUAAGAUGGCCAAGAAAAAAGGGAAUUCCCAGAAGAGGACAAAGACCGGCCGGUUGGUCGCAAGGGAUGUUGAUAUUGAGGCAGUAGCCAAUAAUUUCCUGAUGUCAUUCAAUCUCUCAAGACUUGAUACUGUUAGACAAGCUGAUGGUGACAAGGAGUCAAUUAGAUAUAUUCUCAUGAUAUAUAAUUUGCUCCGGAGAAGGAUUACCCAAAUUGAAGACAGGAAGGAGGCAACUCCAGGGAUUACAAGACGCCCGGACUUAAGGGCUGGUACAAUAUUGCUGAAUAAAGGAGUUCGAACAAACAUCAAGAAGAGGAUUGGAGCAAUACCAGGGAUUGAGGUUGGGGAUAUUUUCUUUUUCAGAAUGGAGUUGUGCUUGGUGGGUUUGCAUGCUCCUUCCAUGGCUGGGAUUGAUUACCUGAGCCUCAAGGUUAAGGAUGAAGAGCCUAUAGCUGUCAGCAUUGUUGCAUCUGGAGGAUAUGAGGACAAUAAUGAGGAUGCGGAUGUCUUGAUUUACAGUGGCCAAGGUGGGAAUAUGAACAGGAAAGAUAGAUUCAUAAACAUAAUGGAUCAGAAACUUGAGAGGGGUAAUCUUGCCUUGGAGAAGAGCUUGCAUCGGGCUAAUGAGGUAAGAGUUAUUCGGGGUGUGAAGGAUGCAUUAAAUCCAACUGGGAAAAUCUACCUCUAUGAUGGCCUUUAUAAAAUCCAGCAGUCCUGGGUUGAGAAAGGGAAAUCAGGCUUCAAUGUUUUUAAGUAUAAAUUGGUUAGAGUUCCUGGCCAGCCUGAAGGGUUUAUGCUGUGGCGAUCAAUUCAACAAUGGAAGGAAGGCAUAACUUCAAGGGUUGGGGUUAUCCUGCCCGACCUUACUUCAGGGGCAGAAAAUUUACCAGUUUCUCUUGUAAAUGAUGUAGAUGAUGAAAAGGGCCCUGCUUAUUUCACAUAUUAUCCCAGUCUCAAGUAUCCAAAACCCGUUAAUUUGCCACAACCUUCUGUGAGCUGCACUUGCCGAGGUGGAUGUCAACCUGGUGACAUCAACUGCCCUUGCAUUCAUAAAAAUGGAGGGCUUCUCCCUUAUACUGCACUUGGAGUUCUUUUGAGUUAUAAGUCUUUAAUUCAUGAGUGUGGUCCUUCAUGUUUAUGCCCUCCAAACUGCCGCAACCGAACAUCCCAGGCAGGUUUGAAAGUCCGUCUCGAGGUGUUUAGAACAAAGGAUAAAGGUUGGGGUCUAAGGUCAUGGGAUCCCAUUCGUGCAGGAACUUUUAUCUGCGAGUAUGCAGGAGAAGUCAUUGAUAUAUCCACAGCAGAGGAGUUUGAGAGGGAUAAUGAAGAUAACUAUAUUUUUGAUGCAAAUCGCACCUGUGAACCAUUAGAGCUUAUGCCUGGCAACUCAGGCGAGUCUCCGAAAAGCCCAUUCCCCCUUGUUAUAAGUGCAAAAAAUGGUGGGAAUGUAGCUAGAUUUAUGAACCACAGUUGUACUCCAAAUGUUUAUUGGCAACCCGUUUUACGAGAAAGUAAUAAUGAAUCCUAUAUCCAUAUUGCAUUUUUUGCAAUCAGUCACAUUCCUCCCAUGCAAGAGUUGACAUAUGAUUAUGGGAUAGUUCAGUCUGGCAAAGCAGAAGAGAGGAGGAAAAAAUGCCUUUGUGGAUCAUUGAAAUGCAGAGGUCAUUUUUAUUAAUGGCUUUUUUUUCUUCUUCGUGAAGUUGAUUGAGGAUGGUGCUAGCUAAUUUGAUGCUUGUAGCUGAUCGGUAGUUUAUGGUUAAGAAAGAGCUUCAGGAUGAAAUGCAUGCCUUCUGUUCUUAAUGCAUUGCCCCAAGCUGUCUGUUAUUACAGGUAUGCCAGAAAAUGUUUCCCUGUUUGACUGUAACAUAUGAUCUCAGGACUUAUUUGGCGUUACCUGUGUUAUGUACUUUUAUUCCAAAAAUGUAAGAUUGAACUUUUAAGUUUCAGAACUCGUUUUAGUUCAUGGAGCUUCGUUCAUGUCUCUGCUGAUCUUUUUAGUUUGGA